UCGACGCGCCUGCUAGCUCCUCCAGUGCGUGAUGGCCAGCGCUGGCGUCAACAACGUCGACUUGCCUGUUGAUCCUGGCGCCGGCGCCGAGGGAACCGACCACGCCGCUGAAUGCCGCCCGACCAGGCGCCGUCGCCUCACCCCGGCCAACGACGUUGCAAAUACGUCCGCCGGCUCCGAGGAGAGCGCUGCUGCCGCCGCCGCUGCCGGGGGCGACGAGAAUCCUCCAUCUUCGGACGCUGCUGCCGCCGUCAUCAACGCCGCGGCGGCGGGGCCGUGGGCGGUACGGUUCGGUUCCGUGGCGCUGAUGGGGCGGCUUAGGAAGAUGGAGGACACCGUGUCGCUGCACCCAUCCUUCUGCGUCUGGGCCGGCGGCGAACCCAUGCACUUCUUCGGCGUCUUCGACGGCCACGGCGGCCCUCACGUGGCGGCACUGUGCAAGGAGCAGAUGCACGCGAUCCUAGCGGAGGAGCUGGCCAUCGCCGCGGAGGACUACCUGGCCCAUCGCGACGAGGAAGGGGCCGAGGAGCGGGCGUGGCGCACGGCGCUGUCCCGGAGCUUCGCGCGCGUGGACGCGCUGGCGCCGGCAGCGUGCGCGUGCGGCCGCGUGGCCACGGCGACGGAGGGCGCGUGCGCGUGCCCGCUGUCCUCUGGGGAGAGGUGCAUCAUCGUGGGGUCGACGGCCGUGGUGGCGCUGCUGGUCCGCGACCGCCUCAUCGUCGCCAACUGCGGCGACUCCCGCGCCGUGCUCUCCCGGGGCCUGGACGCCGUCCCGCUCUCCGUGGACCAGAAGCCGGACCGGCCAGACGAGAUGGCGCGCAUCGAAGCUGCUGGCGGCCGGGUUCUGUUCAUCGAUGGGCCACGUGUCAGAGGGGUCCUCGCCAUGUCCCGCGCACUAGGGCACGAGCUCCUGAAGCCUGAGGUGAUAUGCGAGCCAGAAAUCACCAUAACCAUAAGGUCGGACGACGACCACUGCCUGAUCCUCGCGAGCGACGGGCUGUGGGACGCUAUCUCCAACAGGAAGGCCUGCGACAUCGCCCGGCGAUGCAAGGAAGACGGAAACCUGACGAGAGCCCAUGCAGCUGGGAGCGAUGAAGCCUGCCGCAGCAGGGGCGGCGGCGCACCGGGUGGCCACCAGCCAGAGCCUCCGUGCAACCACGCCGCUGCUGUCCUGGCGAGGUUCGCGCUCUGCAAGGGGAGCUGCGAUAACAUCAGCGUGGUUGUCAUUGAUCUGAAUGUGAUGGGUUAGGCAGAUGAUCGAUCGGAUCAUCUCCUUUACAGCUUGGUUUUUACAGCAGUCUUUCACAAACAAAAACUGAAGACUAUCUUUGUCCUUUGGAUAUUUUAGCUCCUAUAGUUCUGUGGGAGGAUGGUUGGUUGGUUAUAUUCUACUGUAUUAAAAGAGUCCAAGAACCAAAUUUAGCAAGUAGACUGGGCGACA